UAUGAUAUUUUUGUUGGUAAAACUGUUAUCAAAUACGAAUUAAAAAUUAUGGUAGAAAAUUAAAAUUAGUAGUGAUACAGAAUUAUAAAACAGACAUGUUUAACGAGAAUGAUAGAGAAAUUGAAGAUGUUAUUGAUGCUAGAAAGAAAAGCGGUCAGUACAACAUUCAAGAUGAGACAGUGACAUCAACAAGUACAUCAUGUAGAUUUGUGUAUUCUACCCCAACAUCGGGGCUGACUGAAGAUAGGAUAUUUAAUGAAUGCAUUAAUGAAGGGGAUUAUUUAACGGAUACAUGUUAUUCUAACGUAGGCUCAACAGACUCAGAAAUAACCGUCGUUCGAGUAAAACGAGAGGGCCUUAAUAAUAAACUGAAUAAUGAAAAUAUGUGGGAUACUAUGCACGAUGUAGCGAUUCCGGGAGAUGGGACACAUUUAGGAGAAAGUCCAUCCCUAAUAAAUUUGGUAACUUUGGUCAGUAAAAAUGUAGUAAAUUUUGACAACGUAUAUGAAGGGAACGAGUAUCUUGUACCAUUGUCUUCAUGGGAUCCUAAUGAUAAACCUUAUACCGAAAUUCCUCAUAAGAGAAAUAUGAAAGGAGCAACAGCACACAGUUAUUACAGUACUGAUCUUCAAAGUGGAACGUCUGGCAGUCCGCUAACUCUUUCUGAAGAUAGAGCAACAGCAGAUUUAAAUUCUAACGAUGGAGAUAUAAAAUCAGUUCAUUUAAAACGGUUAAGUUUGGCGGAAAAGAUCUCCAAUUUUUUGCGCAAGCGCCGUAGCAAAAAGUUGAAAACGACUGACGGAAGUCGAGCAACAUUAAAAAGUGAAAAAAGUCUUGUUUGAUAAUGUCGAUAAUGUCACCACUCGGCUCAAUAUAAAGACCGAAAUCAAAUUACUUCCAAUCUAAAUGAUCUCAAUAAGCUUUACAGUGUAACAAUUUUUUAUUCUGCUUGUCCAUACGUAAUUAAAAUAUUUUUUGACAAUGGAAGGUGAAAACGCCCGAGAUGCCCUUUUCCACUCCAAUGGCACCACUGCGCUGGAAACAUACAGUGUUAUUUUUCCAAGUGCGUUGCUAACGUUUAUAACGACUACUGCAUCGUCAUUUAUCGUAAUAUCUUCCUAUGCUAAACUUUUUGUAUUAGAUUUUGUGUUUCUCGUUAUCCCAUUGAUUUUAAACGUUACAAUUUUUGCCAACCUUAUCAAUGAAAUCAUAUUUACUUUGAUAUGCGUAAGUAUUUGCGCCCUUAUGAUACGACAAGAUACCAAUGAAAAGCCUGCUCCUAAACAAUUGACCACUGAUUGUACAAAGCUGAAUUAUAUAACUAACUUAAGAUCUACGAUUAACAUAAUGUCAGUAUUAGCUAUUCUUGCAGUUGAUUUUCCUGUCUUUCCAAGACGCUUUACAAAAACAGAAACUGUUGGGUAUUCCUUGAUGGAUGUAGGUGUUGGUUUAUACAUUCUAUCAAAUGGUAUUGUUGCUCCUGAAGUUCAUGCAAAAACAACUUCAUUAACCAACAUUAUUAAGAGUACAAUUCCAUUAAUUACUUUGGGAUGUGCCAGAUUUUUACUAGUCAAAGAACUUGAUUACUAUGUACCUGUAUCUGAAUAUGGUGUUCACUGGAAUUUCUUCAUUACAUUAGCAGUCACAAAGAUUUUGUGUUCAUUAAUUUUAAAAAUCAUUUCCAUUCAGUAUGCCAUCAUUAUUUCUGUUUGUAUUCUGUUGGUUCAUGAAGUAGGUUUGCAAUUGUUUUUAUUUGAUUUUGUAAUGACUCAAACUGAGAGAAACACAUUUUGGACAGCAAAUCGAGAAGGAAUUGUUUCCAUUCCAGGUUAUGUCGGAUUAUAUUUUAUUUCUGUUGGCAUUGGGGAUAUUUUAGGGAUACGUAGUAAAUAUCACAUGAAAAAGAAAUUCAAAUUGGGACUAAAAUUAGUAGCUUGUUCCUUUAUAUUUUUGUGGGCCACCUUCCUUUUAGAUAAAAACUUUGGCGUUUCUCGUAGGUUGGCUAAUUCAGGCUAUUGUGCUUGGGUCAUGUUUAUUGGGAUUUCUAUGACAAGUUUUUUUUAUUUAAUUGAACAAAUUCAAGUGCACAUCUACAAAAAGAGUAAUAUUGAACACCCCAUUUACGUUCCAUUUAUUUUUGAAGCUAUUAAUUAUAAUGGAUUAGCAUAUUUUCUUUUGUGCAAUGUUUUAACAGGAAUCAUUAAUAUACCAUCCGACACGAUGACAUAUGAUACAAAUUCGAGCUUGAUGAUAAUUAUUUUAUAUAUGUUAAUUAAUUGUGGUAUUAUGUGUGUUCUCUACUAUAAAAAUAUCAAACUAAAACUGUAAGAUUUUUCCUGCAGAACUUGAAAAGAAACACUGUUCAAAUCCGCAAAAUGGGAUUAUUUCAAAAGUAUUUACUUCCUCUUUAAAUCUUAUAAAUGUUUAAGAUGGUGUUAACAACGUUAAUAUUCAAUAUAUAUGUAAUGUUGUAUAUCAAGAACAAAACUGUAAUUUCCAUGGAUUACUAUAAAUGUGUUAAAAUGUGUAACUUUGUGCUGUGAUUUGUGUCCUUUAUUGUGAAAUUAUUACAUGUUGUCUAAACUAGUCAAAUUCCAAUUUUAAUAAAUGUUUCAAUUCAA